AUUAUGUUAGACAAUGAAUUCUCAAUGUCUUUUGCUACAAAUGUAGAUCCAGCUACAAAUCAACCAAUCAAAUUUGACAAACUACUAAAUGGGAUCUUGAACUUUCAUAUGAAGGGAAUAAGUAGAAACUAUGGCUAUGAAGCUCAAAACUACUCAAAAUCAGACAAAAUAAUUAUUGAGCAUAAAACAUCUAGUAACUUUCCAGCCAAUCAAAAUGAGAUGUUAGUUGGAAAAAUUGCUCAAUAUAAUCAGUUACUAAAUGUAACAAUUAUAAAUGACUUAAAUUCAGCCUGCAAACCGGAUGAAAUGCACAUUACUCCUGAAUUCGAGAAAUCAGAUUACGGAUCAUGUUCUUCAAGGUCUUUACAUUACCCAACAUUUAAAACUAAAGACUUUUCAAGAAGCUCCCUAUAUAUGCCUCUUUAUUAUGUUUAUUAUGACUCGGACUCCGCCAAGUACUUUAACAAGGAACGUAUAUUUGGAGUAAUUGACAAAAACUCAGUUUGUUCAAGGUUAAGAGAAAAUCCAGUGGAAACAUUUGACAGAAGUACUAAAUACCAUCAUUCUAGGAAUGUUAGAAAAUUAGUUCCACGUACUGUAAUGUACUGGUCAAAUGGACCUGCCAGUAGUAUCGAUAGAGCAACAGUACCCUAUUGCCUUGAUCAACUCCCUAUUUAUUUAUCUUCACGGUUAAACUUCAAAAAAAGUGUACAUGUUUGUAAUAACUGUUAUAUGCGUCAAAGUAAAUCUAUAAAUGAUGAAUUUAAACCAAUGAUUGUUCACGAUAUGCCGUAUUCACAAGCAAAUAAUAAUUUUUUAAACCUUUUAUUUAUAAAACUGAAAAGAUUUACAAAACUAAUUCAAAGAAUUUCAAAAUCUGAAACAAUUGUUUGUUCUAAAGGUUUCAAAAACUGCGGUGUUAAAAAGUUUACGCUAAUUGACCAUGAACAGAAGGAUGUGAAGUUUUCUACAAAUGAUAAACCCAAGACAAUGAAGUCACAAAAUUUGGUUAAACAAUAAUUAGGCAUUAUCUUUAUGGAUUUAUCAGGUGGUCACAGCUCAUAUGAAAAAUCUUAAGUCAUGUUAUUCAUAAUUAUAUUAACUGAUUUAAUAUUUAAGAAACUUGUUAUCAACAGAUGUAUUAAACAAAGCUUUAUUUCUACAAAUAAUGUAAAUAUAUUCUUAAAAACACUUUAUUUUAGUUUUCUCAAAUAGUUGUCGUGUAUAUGUCAAAAAAUAUAUAAUAUGUCUUGUUAAAUAAGUUGUAGAAUCUAUUAUUUAAAUGAUAUAGGUGACAGUUAAUAACCUUUUCCCGUACCAUAAAAGCUGUACAAUACUCCUAAAAAUUAAAAAAAAAUAAAAGCAAACAAAACUACAGGUUUAAAUAUGUUUUCGUACAAAUAGUAAAAUUUAUAUUUUAUUAUACGUAUUUGUGCUUAGUUAUAUAUUCGGGGAUAAGUGAAUUGUCG